UAUGUAUAUGUAGGUAUAUUAUAAAUAGUCAUUUUGUAAUAUAUGCUAAGCUAUUUACAGUGAAAUUCAUUAAAAAAACAUCUGCAAUUACUAUAUAUGUGCGCUUGUGUAAAAUCUUUUUCUUUCUUUCUUGAAGUUUUCCAUGACAAACGAUGCCAACUGCAAUGGCGCAUGCCCAAACAAGUGUAUUAAAUAAUGCACAACAGCCCUUCGUGGCCGGGGCGGUAACUCGCCGUACUGAGGGUCAUGGGUUUCAUCCUGACCCCAAUGUGUCAUAUGUGACACCGAGUUGGUUUCCCCCCACAUAAUCCUUGGAGUUGCCGUCGCCCAAAGCCGCGGUGCUAACAGUGGCGCGUCAAGACCUGCUCAGACUCGCAACUCGUGCAUCCCCCCUCCAAGGCCCGGCUGCCCGGGCACACGUGUGCUGAGCUUCAGAAGAAACCACGCCGAUUCGAGUAGUGUCUGUUUACGAAAAGCAUUUAAGGAUACCUUGUGGGCGGAUGAGUUAUUCUGUUUCCGUACUUCAUUUCUAAACUGUAUUUUUGAAGAGUGAAAAUGGCUUGAACACGUUUUCAGAAUAAUUUUUAGUCAUGAAACACCCGGUUCAGAUUUUGAAAACACCCAAAGGACUUUUAUUACACCUUUAUCUUCCUUUCUCCGCUAUAUUACGUUAUGGUUACCGUUCAGUUUCAGUUGCCCUACGCACAACGAGAAGACUCCGCGAACAUCCAAGAAAUAAAUUGUCAUAUCCUGCUCUGUAUGCAAACGUUUGUUGUGCGAUAAAGUCGUCAAACCUUAGACAACAUGGUUGCGCUAGUGAUGUUUCCGAAGGCGCUAGGCAGAGUGCUUCACAAUAAACGUUUAUUUACGAUGUUGCGUGCGUCUGCUUGUAAUUCCUUCAUUUUCCACACGUAACACAUGCAUUCUAAGCUGCCAGCGAGCAAAUUGUAAAUACGCGUUUCUGCGAUACAAGACAUGGUAAACAUCGAAUGUCUUGGACAUUCCCGCAGGAAAAAGCCGCGUAAUUACGAACACUCCGACCAUUGAUGACGUUCUGGUGGUAUAUACCGUAACCUUUGAGUGUGAAUACACAUAUUGGACGGCAUUUAUCGCACUGGUGCUACGUGUGUAUCAGUUGGUGGUGUGAAACUAAUAAGAGGUUAGCGAUGUAAUAAUUACAUUAUUAUUGAACUAAGUAUAAUAAGUAUUAAAUAAUUUGAAAUUUAUUUGCCCAAUUUUCUUUUUAUAAUAGUUAUGACUGUUAAGGAGCCGAAUAUAUUUACAAUGAAGUUUAACGUAAACAGUAUUUGAGGUUAGGAACUGUUACGGUAGUAUUUUUAUCAAUGGUUUUGUGUUUCCUUUGGCUACGGCCAUUUAGAUAUGUCUGGCAACUUCCUUGCCCUUGUCUUUGCCUUGGCGUGUCUCGUGGCGGUUUGCGAACUACAGCGCUAGUGGUAGUUGAACCCAUUGUUAAGCAUCUUGUGUUCUCGGGGCCGGCCUCUCCGCGCAUGCGCAGUGGAGAUGCCUCUCGGAACUAUGUUUUGGUAUACAGUUUGGAUUAACUCUUUGUAUGUAGCUUUUGUCGUGAAACCAUUAUUUGUUUUAUCCAUGAUUUUGAGAAAGUUAAUAGUUUGAUUGAUUUAUGAAUGCUAUUCCACAAAAUAGAGCAUUACCACAAAUGCUUCAUACAAAUAGUGUGAAAUGAAUCUGGGAUAUUUCGUCCGAGUACCCUUAAGAUUUUUUUAAUAAAGGAUUUUGUUCUCACAACGUGUGACGUGUGUGUACAUCGUUGUUUGCUUGAAAGCCAAGUGGCUUCAGUACAUGGCGUUUGGUUGGCACAGCGCCGUUUAAUAUUUGCCGGAGUACGGGAGGGUCGUGGUCACGUGGUAUUUGACUCGUGAGGAUCUUUGAUGACGCAGCGCGGCCGACUAUCGGCGGUGACCUCGCGACUACUGCCGCUGUCUUCGUUCCCGGAGCUUCUCGUCACACAACAGAUAGAUAGGGUGCAGCGUCACUGCACUCAUCUGUUCGACGAGCCAUUCAACUUUUAUACUUACAUCAUUUUUUCCCGCUCUACAUUAAAAAAAAAAAUGGAAAUUUUUAUUGAAGUAUGCAGCGAUAAGAGAGACGAAAAUUUUGCAACGUUGCUUUAGUGUGAUUUCAGUUGUACUUUGAUCCACCUAAGUCUGUAUUGUUUCAAGACUACGGUUUUUUUUUUACUGCUGUAGCUAUUUCUCAAUAAUCCCGUCUUUUAAGUUUCGUGCGUCCUGUCAAUGACUAAUCUCGUUCCGCUGCAAAUUGGACGUGGCACUGUAUAGUCAUGAGUCCGCGCUCGAGACAGCUUCACGGCAGCCAUGUGUGCCCUGUCCGACAAUCUGGCAUCAAGUCUGGAAUAUACCCGCAUUACUACACUGACUUUAAAUAUAAGUUCAUUUUUGACGUGAUAACGUCUUAUAAAUCGAUGACCGCCGGCUGCACGCACGAAAAAGCAUGACUCAUUGUCACGUUCCGCCUGAGCCGAGCGUGCAAGAACCGGCCAACCACCGUGCGAGAAAAUCUUCUAUACCUAAUAUCAAACAGGUUAAAGCUGGCUUUUUAACUAAUUGUUCGUGAUUAUAUUUAAACAAAUACUUUAAAUUAAAUUUGCAAAAACUCUAAGUAAUAUUUGAAAAUUAAAAAGUAUGCAAUUUUCCAUCAAUGUUUUCUUAUGACGUUAUCACGUAAAAUGAUAGUCCGUAAACCGACUUUACAGACAACGCCUCCCCCCUUUUUUUAGUGCGUUACGCAGCAAACUUACUAAACCAUUUUUGUGUGAGCUAGACAAAACUUAAGUAUUUAAAAUAUAUUUUCAGCUCCUUUCACGAAAUUCAUUUACCGUGUGCGUACGGCCUUGUAAGUAUUGAGCGGGGCUCGGCGAUCCUGACUCGUGCGUGCAUGGGCCGUUUUGUACGUCGCAAGGGAUUAUUCUAAAUCGUGGUUCAGGGGCAACGCUAAUCUGCGGCCGUACUGUUUGCUUUACCCCUGGCAGGGAAACGCAUAGUUAAUUAGUAUGCUGUGUAAACUAUUCUCUCUGUGUGCGUUGUCGUGUCUUGCCUCGAAAUGCGUAUGUAUGUUUAAACGCCGCGCCUCGAUUUAACACUGGAAGCCACUAGAAAGUUGCGUUAUAGUUGCGCCACUUCAUGCUCUCAGAGCACUAUCGGGAUUUCUUAUGGAACGAGCGGCUGAGGUGCGCUCAGCCAGAACGUGCGUAACGUUGUUACGCUAGGUGUGUGUGUGUGUGUUUGUGUGUAAAAACUUGAAGAAUAGAGCGAGAGGUGAAGUAUCAGAAAAUAUUUAUUACAACUGUUGCACGAAUAGGAUAAAUACAAUUAUUUUUGCAGCCUUGUGAACAUUUUGACUUUAGUUGGAUGGUUAUUCACAAGUCACGACCCGCUGCGAACAAACGGUGCAACGGAAUUAAAUAUUAAGUUCGUAAACAUUCAAUAAAAUGAUGUAAUUCAGGCUGCCAAAAUAAACUUGAUAGAGGAUUGACAAAGAGUAGAAAAACAAUUUAAUUUGAAUUGUCUCAUCAGUGUGAAAACGUGAUAUUAAAAUAUACUGCAGUAAAAUUCCAUUUAAAGUACAAUCCUGAUGAUCAGAAAACUAAGGGCAUUAUUUACAAAAAAAGCGUUACCACAUUACCAUAUACUUGACCAUCACAAACAUUAUUAAAUACAUAUUUACAAUCAACGACGAUGAUUAAACGUUAAACUGGUAAUGAUUAUUAAGUCUGGCAUUAUAAGACUUGUAUUACAAAAUACGUCAAUAAAUACCGCCCCGAAUACGGGCGUCACUAUCCAAACUGCCUCACCUUAGUAGUAUAGGAUAGCCGGUCCGAGUCGAGGUGCGAGGUGCCGACCGACUGACCUCUAACGUCACGACGGCCAUUUUGGUGUCGAAUUUCCUCAAAAUUCUUCAAAAAUGACUAAAAAUUUCUAGAAAUUUCCAUAUUUCGAGGGUAAAAUAGCCAUUUUAAGGAAAAAUUCCCAUUUUAUUUCUGAAAAAUGUCAACGGCUUGAAAAUUCCUAAAAGCGUCUUGAGACCUCUAAAACCAAGCCGCUCUAAGCUGCCGAGGUCAUGACCUUAACCUUGGGUGCCAUCGUUGCACUCGUUACGGCCGCCAUCUUGAAAAUCCGUAAUUUUAAAGCUAGAUUAUAGGGAAUAUUUUUAAAACUUAAUAAAAAUAUUUACUAAAUAAAAUUUUAAUAAAAAUAACUUCCACCAUUUUGAAAUUCGUCCGCCAUAAUUAAAUUCUAUAUUUUUAAAGCUAGAAAUGGGGAAAAUGUUCAAAAUUAAAAAAAAAAAUUCUUUGAAUAAAAUUUUAUAGUAAAAUUGGUAAAAAGUACUACUGGGUUCGACCCCGGCGAGGUCAGUCGAUUAAAAAUGGAGACUGAUUAUUCCUCCAAGGAAGCCACCGGCAGACUGACCUUUCACCGCUGUUGCCUGGACGUUCACCACCUUUUCGGCCGUUUUGGUCGCCAUUUUGGUAAUCUAUAAUUUAUAAACUAGAAUUUUUUUAAAAAUUCCAAAAUUUAUCAAAAAUAUCGCUUGUCAAAAUAACGAAUGAUUUGAUCGCCUCGGUUCGGUUCUUGAGUGAUGCAAUAAAGAUAAUCGAAUUAAAAUUGCUAAAUGAAAGUGACAGGUUCGAGGAAUAAAAGCACCAAAAAAUUACAUAGAAAAAAUUAUUAUGUAUAUUCCACUCUACUAAAAGAACACUUGCGAAAGCUAGCAAUCUAAUAAAUAUAUAGUUCUGCAUAGGCUUGAACUGACUAAUUCUCAGCUCCAAUUGGUUAACUGAAGACAGAGACCAGCCAAAUCCUUUCCUAACAUAGUCUUCCUCUUCCCGAAAGUAAUUGACCGAUUUGCGUGAUUUUAACUUUUAAGUUACUCUGAGUGGUGCUAGUUGAGUGUAAUAACUAUAAGGUUACUAACUUUGGUUGUACUGCAGUGUAAGCGCGAGACAGGCUGUAGAAGCUGCGCGGCUAUGCUGUGCUGCUCAUGUUUGUUUUGUUUAUAAGCUUUUUUAUUGCAGAUAUUGACGUAGUAUAUACAAUUGUACGAUAUACAUCUAUAACAUGAGAAAUACAUUGCUCCAAAAAUGUGUGUCUCGUUCAGUUCAAUUUGGAACUUAAUUUAGUCAUUGAUUUAGAUUAAUAUAAUGUAAUGAAACUGAUAACAUGUGGUGUUAAGCAAAUCCAGAAACCCCUACAUUUUCUUUUUAUAGUUAGAACGAUUUUUUUUUUUUUUUUUUGGUUUUCCGCGUUGGGCGUUUAUUUUAUUUCCCUUAUUCUGCACUACAUUGGUUUGCAUUUUUUGAUCAUAUCACUGUGCGCACUAGGAGACGGUGGAACCAUUGGUAAUUAUAUAUAGCUUUAGCGGAUAUGGUUUCUACUUAACCGCGAGCUGGCAGGCGGUUCUCGCGCGAGCGUGAUCGAUCAAGGUCAGCGGGCGGCGAGGACACGCCUCUCUCCCCUCCACCCCCGCCGCGCGGGUGUCGUGUGCGCCCCUGGCGGCGGCCCGCGCAGUUGCUCGGCGGACCGCGAGGAGGCGCCGCCUUAACAUUCCGUCUGCUGGGUACAGGCAGGAGUGUCUGCAGGCCACUAGGCCAUGGAGGGCUCUGCACCCUGCAGCCUGGGGCAGCUGAUGUGCUCCCGAGGGGAGCGUGCUGCGUGCCACCUGCUGCAGCUGGCAGCCGUGUACGUGGCGCUGGUGUGUGCGUGCUGGACUCUGCAGUCGGGCCUCUACAGCCGAAUAUCGGAAGCAACGCGGACUCUGUCGUUCGUGCUGGUAGACACGACAGCGUCGAGCACACACAGGGCAGAGUCCAUCUCGGCAUCUCGCAAGGUGAACAAGGUGACGCUGGCGGAGGGAAGGGACGAGAACAUCACGGGGCAGCUGCCCCCGAAGGAGGCGGCGGGCUAUGUCGUGCGUGCUGAGCCCAAGGUGCUGGCCCCCAGGCCCGAAGAGGGCACGGACUCAGCCGCAGCUCGGCUGCUCGAGGCGGAGAAUGCCGAGGUUCCUGAAGUGUUGUCGGAGGUGCACGUGGAAAGUGCUGAUGAGAGGUCUUCGACCGAAGAUAUCCCGUCAUUCAGCGAGUGGGCCCAGAAACAGCUGGCCGAGGCAGAGAAGAAGAAGGUUCAGAAUGUGUCGGUUCUGUCUGCUGGUGGCAGUGGGAAGAAACUGCGCUCCAAGAACUACGCCUCCCCGGACUGCGGGGCCAAGAUCACCGCAGCGAACCCCGAGGCGGGCAGCGCGAGCUCUGUGCUCUCUCCGUCGCGCGACGAGUACAUGCUCAACACCUGCACCAGUCGCGUCUGGUUCAUCGUCGAGCUGUGCGAGGCUGUUCAGGCCAAGAAGAUUGACCUAGCCAACUUCGAGCUGUUCUCGUCGUCACCGAAGGAGUUCUCGGUGUUUGUGAGCGACCGCUACCCGAGCCGGGACUGGCAGAGCGUGGGCCACUUCACUGCGCUAGACGAGCGCAACGUGCAGAGCUUCGACCUGCACCCGCACCUCUUCGGCAAGUACAUCAGAGUGGAGCUGCUCUCGCACUACGGGGCGGAGCACUUCUGCCCCGUGUCGCUGUUCCGGGUGUACGGCACCAGCGAGUUCGAGGUGCUGGAGACGGAGGAUGAGGUCCUGGAGAGGCUCCCGGACGUCGAUGAUGACGACGACGAGGAGCCCUUGGACAUGAUGGAGCCCGGAGACACGCCCAAGAACUUGUUCGGCAGCGCGAGGGAUGCUGUUCUCAGCAUCGUGAAGAAGGCAGCUGAAGCUCUGGGGCAGAGCGGCACCCCUCAGAACGAAACAGUUGCAGAGAGUCUGAAGCCCGUGGAGCCUGCAAAAGUAGUUGAAAGAUCUGAGUGGUGUUGCAGCCCCAGCCACAUCGUGGUGUGCGACAAUUGCAGCGAUGCCUUGUUCGGGAAGGUGUUUCAUCUGCUGAGCUGUCGCAGGCAUUACUUACAUUUGUUGAUAGACUUGCCUCUGGUGAGUGAGGGCAUACGCGAAAGUGAGCUGUGUGCAGAUUUCGGUCUGAACUUUGUGCUGCAGAAAAUAGGUGCACCGUACCCUCUGCGACCCAGGACUAACGGUGUCGACCACAGACGUUACGGGCGUACAGGGUUUCUUUCUGUCAUAUUUCCCCCUGAGUACAUCGCGGCCCUCUGCAACGUACUUGCUGUAGCUGAAAAGAAAGUCGUGCUGAACGUCAGCUACGAAACUGCUGAGGUUUUUCCCUUGAAUCUCACUUCAGAAUGGAAUAAUGCCACUAGUCCAGAAAACACGGCAUUUCACGAGUAUCUAGUCAGUCCUCAAACCACCUGCACUGCUGGUGUGGAGCAAACGUCACAACAUCUGGUGCAUGCGAGCAGUAGCAGUUUGGGCUCGGAAAUUUCUUCGAUAAAGGAAGCGAGUCCUGAGGCAGAUGUUGAAAGUGCAGCAUUAAAGAUCAAACCCACAAAAACAUUAUCAAAAAAUGGCUACGACCAGGGGGAGUUUUCAAAUUUUGGUUCGGUAUCACUUGUCGAUAGUUCGAAAAUUGAAACGAUCGUAUUUGAUAAAGUUACAAAUGCCAUCUCAACGGCGUCAGCAGCGGAGAUGUCUUCAGUGCUACCAGAUAGCCAGUCUGUGCCAGAAGCAUCUCCCGAACCGUUAGGUGUGAGGACUCAGGCAGUUGACGCAGUGUCUGAAUCACAGUUGCAACCAGAAGACAGCGAGGGAUCGGCAGAGGUGUACACGGAAGAACCUGACCUGUCUCUAGACACGCUAUUGUUGGAACUGAAGGACUUGGACCUUGAUACCAGCAGCACUUCUUCAUCGCCAGUCUCCAGCAGCAUGUCUGCACCAAGCGUCGUGCAGAAAGAGUCAGUGUUCCUCAGGCUGUCCAACAGAAUAAAGGCCUUGGAGCGGAACAUGUCUCUGAGCGGCCAGUACUUGGAAGAGCUGAGUCGACGCUACAAGCGCCAGAUGGAGGAAAUGCAGAGAGCGUUUGACCGCACGCUGGCAGUGGUCGCUGAGGAGAGCCGCAAGGGGGCGGAGAGGGAGAGCGUGCAGGCUGAGAUGGUCCAGGCCUUGCAGAGACAGGUGGCAGCACUGUCCUCUGUCAUCGACACCUUGGUGGCAGAGCACGACAGUUGGCAGCGCAAAUUGUUCCAGCCGUCGAGCCUGCUGCUGAUGGUACUGGCUGGGCUCGUGAUGUACUUCACUUGCCGAGGCCACGCCCCCCCUCCCACCGCCGCCGAGGACGGGGCGAGCUUGAGAGCGAGGAGACCGAGGAGGCGCAAGUCUGCGGAGGGGCUGAUGGGACAUGCGGCGAGCCGGCUCGGCAAGAGGCGACGCCCCAGUGAGGAAGCCCUCCACAUACUGGGCACGUAUAAAGAUUUAUUGAUAUCGGAACCCACGACCACGGAAUUGACUAGCAGAUCAUCCUUGCCCACGGUGGAUGGCAAACGCAAGAAACGUAAGAAGAAGCUGUUGAGUACACAGGAGGAGGCCAAGUCGAGGCGACAGUCAGACAGCUCGAGCGUCAGCCCUGUGGUGGUGGUGGGGGACAAGGUUCUGCCGAGGCGGGCCAGCUUCUCAGACCUGGUCCGGUCACACAGCAGCCCUAAAGAGCGGACGAUAGUUAGCAUCAAUGAGCAAGAUGUCUGGGUAUGUGAUGAUCCCGACGUGGUCGUCUGCAACUCUGCCGAUUGUGUGGGUGCUGAUGAAUCUCCUAGCUGCAGAGGCGUCGUGGCACUGAGCGAUGACGCGAGGACUGACCUCGCCGGUAAGGCUCUGCCGAAGGUGGACCCCGGCAGGUCCGCAAAUGGCACCGGCACCCAGCCACGCGGGUUGUCGUCGCCCAGCUACAUGAAGACGGCGCUGUCCGCGCGGAACAGCAGGAAGGCGUGCGGCCAGGGCGCGCCUGAGCCGGGACUCCCGGCCAAGCUCAAGUCGGACAACUGGCGGAAGCUGUACCGCUCGAGCCAGCCGUCCCUGCCCACACUGCUGCGCAAUGGCGAGGGGCAGGGGCACACGAACGGCAGUGCGGAUGGUGUGGAGCUGCUACGGCUGAACAGCAGCGGCGACGACACGGAGCGGGAACACUUUGCCAAGAAAAUUGGUGGUGGGGGGCUAAGGAAAAUGGUCAAAAGGUUUUUCGAAUGAAUCUCGCAGGGCCUAGCCUUCAUUCCAUCUGUUAUAGUAGAUAGGAAUGUUACAUUUUUGUCUCGUGUACCAUCGAAUGUGCACAAUCAUUGAAAUUGUAAAGUGUGUUUAAAAAUGAAAAUUGGAAGUGUGAUAUUGAUAAUCAUAGAAGAAUUGACUGUGAAUAAAGAUCUCUUGCUUUAUUUAUAAAAUUAAAUAUUGUACAUAUUAUUUUUUGCAUCACUGCGUGAUAAACUGAGCUAAGUAUUUAAUUUUUUUGAUACUAUAAUAGAACAAAUUUUUUUUUACUUGUGUAAACCACUUGACCAAACCUGUUAAAAGUUGAAUAGGUUCAGUAGUCAUUAAUUGAUAAAGAAACACUGGAUGAGCAGACAUGUAUUUACACUAAUACAGUUCUAUUAAACUGUUGAUGGUUUUUGCAUGUACCUACCUUUAUCGUUACAAUGUGGGUUAUUAUUUUUUUUGCAUGGGUACUUGUUUCACAGAUUAUUGUUUCAGUAUCCUCCAUUUUGGUUGUGUAGGAGCAGUUUUGUUUUAGGAUGUAGAGGAAAUAAUUCUUUAAGUUAUUUCCUUGCAAUGCACAUAACUUAUACCAAACAGGUACUAAGAUAUGGUUAAUCUUCUGUAGUGUUCUAUCAUGCAACCAUAGCAGUAUCUGUGACAGGCAUCAUGGUUACACAUUGGGAAUUUAUAGUUAUGGAUUGAUAUGUAGGAAUUAUCUCCUUACUAAAAAUAUGGGAGCAGCAUGAAAUAAGUCACUGGUAGUGAAUUGAAUGCGAUACGUAAUUAUUACUUAAUAUUCUUGUCUGAAGUAAAAAUCUUGUAUUCACCUACACAGCUUGGAACCACUUGUACGUAAAAUAACACCUACUUUCAAAGUAAUUGAUGAAAGAGGCUGCUGCCAAAAAGUAGUAGGAGUGAGCUCAUGACAUUCAGAUAGUAUUUUAGCUUUCUCUUUUUUUUAUUAGUAUUGAAUUCAAGACAUUUUUGUAUGAUAAUUUAGAAGGUUUCGGAUCUUUAUUAAAACCUAUUUUACAAUCAUAGGGAAAACAAUGUACAGAUUUUACUUUACUAAAAUAGACAAUGUUAAUAAUGUACAAAUAAACAAACUCAAGAAGUAAAUGUGAUUUUCAUACAUUUAUCUUUUCUGAUUUAAUGAAAUAUAAUAUUAUAAAGCCAACAAAAAUGUUCUUGUACUAUAAUGCAAAUAAAAAUUGGCAAAAGGCAACAAAGAAAAAUAAGGACUGCGGAGUUGGGGUGAGGCAAUAAUCAGGCAUCUGCGGUUAUAUUACAUGUUUUGUUUGGCUGUCUUCCUUCAAUAACUAUGUAUUUUUGUGUAACUUAAUAAAUUUUAAUCUUUGAAACUAA